CAAUCUCAUACAUCCAAAUCAAUCACCAAUGAAGAAGUAGCAGAGCGAUUGGUUGCUGCUUCUUGGAAAUUGGGAACUACACCUUCCCCCUUCGUUGCAGAAUCAGAGGACUCCAAAUUUGUGUGAGCGUUCGCCAUUAAUCAUCAUCAUCAACGAUCUCAAUUUCUCCUCAGAAAACCCAUUUCAAUCUUCAAAAAAAUUUCCCACUCAAAUCCCCUUUUCAGCUCAAGGGGUCGGAGGAAUCGUCUCAGAAAAUGUUCCCAUCGCCCGUGGAAGAAGGAUGGCUAUAUUGGGUCCGAUGGCAAGUCCCCGUCUGCGCUCUGGUAAUCGCCAUUCCCUCUGUUUUCGCUCUUAAAUUCAUCAGAAAGUCAAUGGCGGAGCCUCUGCUUCUCAGUGAUCUGUGGGCUACUCACUGGAGGCGCCUCAGCCCUCUCUGGCUUCUGCUCUACAGAGCUUUUGCCUUCGUUUGCUGUGUUCAGCUUCUGUACGAGAUUGUGGCCUUACAUGGACCUUUUGUCUUCUUUUUCUACACUCAGUGGACAAUGGCAUUAGUAGCAAUCUAUUUUGCGCUGGGGACUAUAGUAUCUGCAUAUGGAUAUUGGUAUCCUUCAAGGAAAACCCAGUCCAAAAAUGAGGAGGGAUCUAAACUCCUGGAAAAAGAUUUGAAGAAGAAUAAAAUUGCAACCUCAAGAAGUAAUGGAGACAAUGUUGUUGAGCUGCAAAACAAAUAUGCUCAACAGGAGAAAGCAGGAUAUUUAGGAACUCUAAUGCAAAUGUCAUAUCUGGCAUCGGCCGGUGCUUCUGUAUUAACCGAUGUUGUGUUCUGGUGCCUUCUCGUGCCAUUUCUGCUUGGUGAAAAUUUCCAAGUCAACCUGUUGAUAGGUAGCAUACAUACUCUGAAUGCUGUUUUUCUUCUUGGAGACACUGCUCUCAAUAGCCUUUCGUUUCCUGUGGGCGGUUUCGCAUACUUCGUGGUCUUUGGCGGUCUCUAUGUCGUUUUCCAAUGGAGCGUGCACGCGUGCUGCGUAAACUGGUGGCCAUAUCCUUUCUUUGAGCUCAGUACACCUUGGGCUCCUCUCUGGUACUUUGCUUUGGCAGUGAUUCACAUCCCCUGUUAUGGAUUAUAUGCACUAAUUGUGAAGGCAAAAUACUCUCUUCUGCCAAGAUUGUUUCCUCGUGCUUUUGUCAAGUCUUUUUAGCUCUCACAUCAAAAACUAGCUGUUGUUAUUUAUUCAACUUACGAAAUUGUUGGAAUCAAACUCUAUUGUUACAAAAACAGCGCCGUUUGA